AACAACCACUACUGUGCAGGAUGCGCUCUUGCUCACAACAAAGGGGCAAAGAGGACAUUCCAGCAUGGAUAGGCGUCCCAAACGCUGCAAAUAGCAACUGGCGACCGUGAGCGACACACUGGACCCUCUUAGCGUGACGAUUACGCCGUACGAGAGCACAACCAAGACCUUGAGCUAGGCCGACUGAUGACUGUGCGUUCUACGGUGAGGAAGACCUGGGCAUAGUCUCGUGGCCAUUGUGACUGUCUUUUCUGAUGGCGUCUGGCCCAUCGGCGUCUCUCUUCUCGUUGCCCCUUCCCUCAUGGCACCAACCGCAGAGUGCACGGGUGGCACGUUAUGAGCCCCGAAAACGGAGAAAGAGGCAUGUGGACUGGGGGGAGGACGAUGACGAUUAUGAUGAUGAAGACGCGGCUGCUGAUGGUGAAACAACCGAUGCUGUCUCUGCAUCAGACGAUGCCCCGACUGGUUCAACGUUGAUUCUCUCGCCAGAUGAGGCUCACCAGUACAGAGUGGCCGGUCUCUCCUUUGACAAAGAGAUCCCGAAAGGAAAUUUCCCCCAUGGCCCGGCGCCGGAAAACUCUCGGUCUACUCACACACAAUCUGUGGUACUGAAGGGGUUAGCUUCUCUAUCGCCGCCGGUCUAUCCUCCCCAGGGUGUCACCGCCACUCAGCAAGGCAAUCUGCGGCUUCAUCAUCUGGCGGUCUUGACCGCCAUCCUACACCGGUGUUUACUGGAGGGGGAUUAUAUUCGCGCGGGAAGAGCGUGGGGAUUAAUUCUUCGUGAGGAAUACGCGGGGGUCCCGAUAGAUGUGCGAAGCGGGGGUAGAUGGGGCAUAGGCGCCGAAAUCCUCCUCCGUCGAGACCUGCAGCUCUCGCAAAUGGCGUCGAGGCAUCAGCGGGUUAACGAGGAAGCUCAUAAUUCGGAUACCCGCCUGCAACCAUCAUUUACCAGGAAAGGGUUCGAGGAUGCUAAGCUCUAUUACGAGAGACUAAUCAUUCAACAUCCUUAUCGAAAAACGGCUCCAGAUUCUGUAUCAUCUAUGAAUUUUUACCCUGCCAUGUAUGGUCUCUGGAUCUAUAUCACCCAAGAGGAGAGCAAAAUGGCCCUGGAAGGCCAGCCCGAUGACGAUGACGAUGCGUACGAAGAAAACUCACACCAUGAAGACGCCAUGUCGGACAUCGAGUUUAGCUCUAGUUCAAGACACCGGCAAACGCGGAUAUCCAAGGUAAAACAAAAGGAACUGGAGCAAGCGCAACAGAUUGCCGCGAGGAUUGAUGAACUCAUUGUGUCGCCCCCCUAUUCUGAUUCGCCCGAACUUCUCGAGUUGAGAGGGAUGGUUUCCCUUUGGAUUGCAGACCUGUUUGUCGCAUCCCUGCCACAGGCAGGUUUUUCUGAAUCCAACUCUGUCGAAGAAUCACACGAUUCUAUUUUCGCAAGGCGUGAGCAAAGACUGGCCAUCGAAAAACGUCAAUCCGAGCUACAAAGGUCUCGGGAAUUCUUCGAAAAGGCCCAACAACGCCGUAAAGGCGUAGCAUAUUCGUUCCAGCGGCUUCAUAUCGAGGACGGAUCUCCAUCUCUUUGAUCUAAAUACUGUCUAGAAUUUUGGUUAUAGAUAAAUAUUUCUCUAUACACAAUGAUAUUAUCAGAAGAACCUAUCAAAUAGGUGAGUAGUAGCUCUUAAU